GCAUCUAGAGCAAAAUUAAUAUUAUGUUAUACUACGGUUGAAAUAAGCGAUUGGUUUUUGCAUGACGGAGCUUCUUGUUUUAAGGAAGGUUUGUCUGAAACCUCAGCAUCAGCAUCACUAGAUGAAAAUACUCCUCCCUGCAGGUGCAUCCCUGAAGAAGAAAGUGUCGAUGACCACAUCACAGACAUCCGACAAUCGGUGAGGGUGUGUUUAUCAGCCGGGGUCGGUGCCAUGGCUGGUAAGGUGAAAUGGGUCACAGACAUUGAGAAAUCUGUGCUUGUCAACAACUUUGAGAAGAGGGGAUGGACCCAGGUCACUGAAAGUGAGGACUGGAAUUUCUACUGGAUGAGCGUCCAGACGAUACGAAAUGUGUUCAGUGUGGAUACAGGCUACCGCCUGUCAGACGAGCAAAUGGUCAACCACUUCCCCAACCACUAUGAACUCACAAGGAAAGAUCUUAUGAUCAAGAACAUCAAACGCUACAGGAAAGAACUGGAGAAGGAGCAGAGUCCCCUUGCAGAGAAGGAUGAGAAUGGCAAAUAUAUUUUCCUAGACUUCGUGCCGGUGACGUUUAUGCUGCCUGCGGACUACAACCUGUUUGUGGAGGAGUUCCGGAAGAGUCCGUCCAGCACGUGGAUCAUGAAACCUUGCGGCAAGGCGCAGGGCAAAGGCAUCUUCCUCAUCAACAAGCUCUCGCAGAUCAAGAAGUGGUCACGCGACAGCAGAACGUCAACGUUCAUGGCGGCGUCGAGUGGUAAAGAGGCCUAUGUCAUCUCCCUUUACAUCGACAACCCUCUGCUGAUUGGUGGAAAGAAGUUCGACUUGAGGCUCUAUGUCUUGGUCACCACCUACAGACCUCUCAAGUGUUAUAUAUACAAGUUGGGUUUCUGCAGAUUUUGCACGGUGAAAUACACUCCCAGCACCAGCGAGCUGGACAACAUGUUUGUACACUUGACCAACGUGGCCAUUCAGAAACACGGGGAUGACUACAACCAUGUGCACGGGGGCAAGUGGACGGUGAGUAACCUGCGGCUCUACCUGGAGAGCACCCGGGGCAAGGAGGUCACCAGUAGGCUCUUCGACCAGAUACACUGGAUCAUGGUGCAGUCCCUCAAAGCAGUGGCCCCCGUCAUGAACAAUGAUAAGCAUUGCUUUGAAUGCUACGGCUAUGACAUCAUCAUCGAUGACAAGCUGAAACCAUGGCUCAUUGAGGUCAACGCCUCUCCCUCCCUCACGUCCAGUACUGCUAACGACCGCAUCCUGAAGUACAACCUUAUCAACGACACCCUGAACAUCGUGACGCCCAACUCAGAGAUCCCUGACUGCCGAUGGAACAGAUGCCCCCCGCGAGAGGCACUAGGCAACUACCAGAUCCUCUAUGAUGAGGAGCAGGCGCUGAGUGAGGGAGAUCGUGAUCUUCGCAGCCGCUCGGGUCAGUCUCUGGGGUCAAAGGGCAGCAGGUCGAGCAGCGUACGCCCCACCCCCGCCACCUGGAAGUGACAUCAAAAAAGGCAUUAACACAGACCACUCCAUAGACAUAGAUUCAUGUAUUUGUAUGUCUAUGGUCCCAUCCCGGCCACGUGGAAGGGACAUCAUAAAGGGCGUCAAAGCAGACUGCUCCAUAGACAUAUCAAAGAUUUUCUAUUUAUAUGUCUAUGGUUCCACCCUUGCCCACCUACACGUGACAUCUCAGGGUGGGUGGGGCAUCACAUAAAGACAUGAUAUAAUGAUAUCUAUAUUUAUAUAUGUCCAAGUAAAGGGCCAUUCCACAUCCACCCACCUGGAAGUGACAUCACAAAGGGCCUCAAACAGUCCACCCCACAGACAUGUAUAACUAUAUUUGUAUUUAUAUCUGUAUUUACUGUACAUAUGUCUCUGGGUCACCUGAAAUUGAAGGUCACAGGCAGGCAACACCUCGGGUGGCAUCUUUCUUUCCCUAUGAGAGAGAGAGAGAGAGAGAGAGAGAGAGAGAGAGAGAGAGAGAGAGAGAGAGAGAGAGAGAGAGAGAGAGAGAGAGAGAGAUGCAGAAGGAGGACACAAGACUGAAUCUGCAUUUGAUCGGACAUCACCACCCUCUCUGUCAGAUACAUACUCUUAUCACACACACACACACACACACACACACACACACACACACACACACACACACACACACACACACACACACACACACACACACACACACACACACACACACACACACACACACACACAUCCCUUGUUAGAAAACUAAAUAAAAAAAAAACGCACCCCAACACAGUAUUCAUAAUCAUAUGCAUGAAACUAACGGACGGUACCGAACACGCUUGAAAGGAAGACGUGGAUAAAUGAACAAUAACUAACAAGUAGUAUACACUGCACUUCACAAGAGCGCUGAGAAGACAAAGACUUUGUUGAGAGACUCUUUGCGAAAGAAGAACCUGAGACAAGUAAAGCGACGCUACAGUAUUAUUGAGGUCCUGCCAUGCAUGAAGGAACACUGCCCAUCACUGACACAGUUACAUAGGAGGACACAGGGCACGGUCAUCCAAUACAGACAGACACAGACGACGCCUGCUCCAGACACAACAGCCACCGGACUACCUAGACAAAGUGAAGCGUGUGGAGGGGGAAGUAAUACUCCAGUCCUGCCAUAGUAUUCCAUUCUCUUAUGCAGGUGAUUUCACUAAUAAGCUGACCCAAAGUAUACCAGGCUAAAAGGGGGAGCUAAUUGGUUGAUAAAUUGGUUUGAUGAAUUGACUUACGUAUGAAUAGUGAAUAAAUAUGUACUGUACCAUG